GCGUGGCGGAGUGGGGUGAACCACUGAAGGGGCGCGCGGGUUACGCGGCGGAAGGUUCGAUCUUUGGGACGGAUGCGCAGAGCGCCAGCGUCAGGCCAGGACACCGGGAACCCUCGUUGCAGCAAAGGCACUGUUUUGAAAUGCCCAGUGUCGAAAGCGUGAGAUCGCUGCUCUCCAUUCUGAAGGGAGGAGGCUGAGCUUCCUGUCCAAGCAGCACUUGCUCCCUGUGACCAAAAACAGCAUUUGGCUAAUGAGCAAAGUGUCGAGGUCAUCGAGUGUGGCAGAGGACAUCUGGGAAACAGAAGAUGAUGACAUGACCGAAGGUGACCUAGGGUAUGGCCUCGGAAGAAAACCCGGUGGUAUUUAUGAAGUUCCGUGUUCGAUUACAUUUAAGAAAAGGUCAGAUGGAAAGAGCCCCAGCCCACCUCCGUUUCCAAAAAAGGGGGAAGAAAGAAGUGAAACUGUUUUCCAGUAUUCCAGGAAUAAGGGCUUUCAGGAUACAUGCGCUCACAGAUGCAGAGCAUCUGGCUACAGACGACAGAGCAGCACUGAUUCUAAUUCAGAAUUGUCAGAUGAACAAUUAAGGCGACGUCUUCAUGAAGCUUUAGAGGAAGUAGAGCUUUUAAAAACGGAACUCGAAGCAUCUCAAAGACAACUUGAAGGUAAAGAGGAAGCGUUGAAAAUUCUUCAAAGCAUGGCAAUGCUUGGCAAAGCCACAAGCCACACACAGACUAUGCUUCAAAAAACUAUAGAACACAAGAGAUCUUUGGAGAAGGAAAUAAAUGCCUUGCAUUGGGAAAUGGAAUUUGAACAGGAUAGAUUUAAAAAUAUAGAAGAAUCUUGGAUCCAAAAAUAUGACAGGCUAAACUGUGACAAUGGAGUCCUCAGAGAGAAUCUGAAGUUGAGAACAGAAGAGAUAAAGAUGCUCAAGUCAGAAAAUGCUGCUUUGAAUCAGCGGUACUUGGAAGCCCUCGCCAUGCUUGAUAUCAAACAGCAGCAGAUGGCUCAGGAGAACAUGGGUCAGGAGGAGCGUGGCUUUACAGAGGUAUCAGGUCUCGAGCUUGCAGUCCUUGGAGCCUGUCUGUGUCGUGGUCCUGGAGGGAAUCCCUGUUCUUGUGCCAAAAUGGCAGCAUCCACUCGGAAACUGGUCCUUCAGCUCAGACACGAGUUGGAAACUCUGCAGAAGAGUAAGGAGGAGGCGCACAUAACGGCAGAUGCAUUCAGAAUUGCUUUUGAGCAACAAUUAACGAGAAAAAAUGACCAGGCACUGAGACUGGUGCGAGGAGAUACACAUAGAAGAGUGGCAACGUGGAUCAACAGGCAACACCGGGCAGAGGAUGAUGGAUAUCCUGCACAAAGGAGGAAGAAGACCUUAGGACAAAGACUGUUGGGGAUCCUCCCUUCAGAAAACAGUUCCAAGGCUGCUGAAGACCAAGACAAUCCUCAAGAGGUCUUUAAGAUGCUGAUAGAUUUGUUGAAUGAUAAAGAAGAAGCACUUGCUCAUCAAAGAAAGGUUAGCUACAUGCUUGCUCGGGCACUGGAAGACAAAGACACUGCCUCAAAAAAGAAUAAAGAAAGCAUUCCCAUGAGCCAGACUUUCCCAUUCAAAACUGCCUGGCAGGAUGCUUCGGCCCUCUGUGGCCUGCGUGAUCUGGUACAUUCAAAUGUCCACGUUUCUGAACCUGUGGGUUGCAUCUGUUCAAUACAGCAUCCUCAAAAAGCUUCAGGCUGCUCAAGAACUCUUAAAAGAUCCUGUUCUUUGCCAUCAAAUAUAUUUUACAAAUAUACCACUUGAAAUUAGAAUUAACAAUGCUAAAAUUCAGAUUUUGGAGCUGGAAAUGGAGCUCGGAGGUAGAGAUUUGGUCAGCGUGCAUACGGCCUUGGUUCAGCGCAUGGUGGUACAUGUCUUUAACCUGGUACUGAGGAGGCAGA